UAAUGUAUUAUUGCCUAUCGGGGACCACAACGCUGAGCAAUAGCAUAAAUCGUGAUAAAUGUUAUAAAUAUGAACAGGAUAAAUGAUCUGAACGUGUUGAUCAAAGAAAAAUUCGAACGUAGAUAGUGUUAUUGGAUCCGUUACCGAAAAUAUAAUACCGUCGACAUAAUAUUAUAAUUUAUUCAAAUGCGUGGUAACAUUUUGUGUUUUAAAUUUCGUAUCGGUUAGGUUUAGUGUUCCAUGAAAUUUGUCGACAUUUCUAUGGAUUUACAUAACCACAAAAGUUCGGCAGUUCAAAAACUGGCAUUAACCCAAAUUGGAUUGAUUUUUUCGUUGUUUUUCGUGAUUAAUUCCUCUAACAAUACUUUCGCAUAUUCCGUCGCGAACAUGUCUAUCAAUCCCGUGGUAAUAUCUUCGUCCGUUAAACAAACGGCCACUGUAAUAUUUUUUCAUGGUCUUGGAGAUUCUGGAAAUGGCUGGGCCGAAGCCAUGACACAAAUAAGACAACCUUAUAUGAAAGUAAUAUGUCCAUCUGCGAGCCCGAUGCCAGUAUCUCUAAACCAAGGUUUUCGCAUGCCUUCUUGGUUUGAUAUGUUUACAUUAGAUGAAUCAGGUCCAGAAGAUGAAUGUGGAAUCAAAGAAGCUGCAAAAUUAGUGCAUUCACUUAUUGAUCGUGAGAUCGAAACUUCCAACAUACCAUCAUCUCGUAUUGCCCUCGGCGGAUUUUCACAAGGUGGAGCUCUUGCUUUGUAUUCAGCUUUUACUUAUAACAAACCAUUAGCUGGAGUUAUGGCUCUUUCAUGUUGGAUACCAUUGCAUAAAACUUUUCCAGCAGCUGCUAUAAGUAACAAAGAUAUGCCAAUUCUUCAGUGUCAUGGAGAUUGUGAUCCAAUUUUACCACUAAAAUGGGGUCAACUUACAGCAUCCAUUCUUAAGUCUUUUGCUAAACGUACUGAACUGAAAACAUAUCAAGGAUUGAUGCAUAGUUCAUCUGAUGCGGAAUUAAAAGAUCUUAAGAAGUUCCUGGAAACGGUCCUCCCUCCAGUGUGAUUCACCUAUCAUUUUAAUAUAAAUUUAAUAAUUUUUACUGUUGACAUCUUAAGUAUAGAUUGAAUAUAUAUAUUUAUUUAUGGGUAUAUAUACCUAUAUACUUUUUUGUAGUGUAUCUAAUUGAAUUUCUUAGAAUGGAUUUUUACUUUUAUUGCUAUAUUUAGUGUAAAUAACAUUAUUGUUGUUACUUCUUAUUGACAUCUUUAUAGUUCGUAUACAACCGGUAUAAAAUAUAAUUAUUAGUUAAGUUA